UUUAUAAAACGCUCCUUUAUGUGUUUUGUUUUGAAUUCUGUGGAAAGUAAAUCUUUCCCACAAAUAACUGUCGUCAUGCAUGGUUGUUUCCAACUCACGAUCUGGUCCACAGUGGCUGUGGACAUUCAACUCGCAUUUCACACAUUUUGUUUGCAAGCUAAAUGGUUCACGUGUUGGGGACUGCUUCAAUAAUGACCCCUCCCCGCCUAUUAAGUUGAGGCUUUCUUCAUCCGUAAAACUGAGUUGAUAACACGAUAUUACCAUAUUACCAUUCAAACCAAUCCAUUAUGUCAACUCAAACUCCACCGGAAAAUCUCACCAUCGAUUCAUACAAGCACCUCCGUAUCAUUCCGCUCCCUGACGGCACUAUUCAUCGCUUACCAGAAAUUAUAAGCUCAUCACCCAUACCUCAUCGCCCUGUUCCUAUUCUCACCAAAGACAUCACUAUUAAUCAAUCAAAUAAAACCUGGGCCCGCAUAUUCGUACCCCAACAAUCCCUAGAUUACACUUCUUCCCACCCUAAGCUUCCUCUUAUUGUUUGGUUCCAUGGCGGAGGCUUCAUACUUUGCAGCGCCGCUUCAACCAUUUGGCACGAUUCCUGUGUAAACCUUGCUAUUGAGCUCGCUGCUAUUGUCGUAUCCAUAGAGUACCGCCUCGCUCCCGAGCACCGUCUGCCAGCUGCUUAUGAGGAUGCUGUGGAGGCACUGUACUGGAUUAAAUCAAGUCCUGAUGAGUGGUUCAGAGUAUUUGCUGAUCUUAGCAAUUGUUUCCUCAUGGGGAAUAGUGCAGGCGCUAAUAUUGCUUACCGUGCUGGGCUCCGAGUAGCUGAGACAGUGGAAGAUCUAGAUCCCUUAAAGAUCAAGGGUCUAAUAUUGAGCCAACCCUUCUUCGGUGGGUCAAAGAGGACAGAAUCGGAGUUGAGGAUGGUGAACGAUCCGAUAUUACCACUUUGUUCGAGUGAUCUGAUGUGGGACUUAGCUUUGCCAAUCGGUGCUGACCGUGAUCAUGAGUAUUGCAAUCCAACGGUACUGGAGGGAGAUUCGAAGGCGCUGAUUAAAAUUAGGGAAUUAGGAUGGAGGAUCUUCGUUCAUUGGGGUGAUGGAGAUCUACUGAUGGACCGUCAAGGUGAGUUGGUAAAAAUACUGAGAGAGAAGGGUAUAAUAGUUGAGAGUCAUUUUGUGGAGGGACAUUGCCAUGGAGUAGAGGUCGUAGAUCCCUCCAAGUAUAAGGCCAUGUAUGUGGCUUACAAAAGUUUCAUUUCAUCUUCAGUGCUGGCCUAGUUCUCUCGUCUCCUUCUUUUUUCACCGCCAGAGGUUAGGUUUUCUUCCGUCGAUCCGUCGGUUCUCCCCUGCCCCUCCAGCAAUUUGGUUCUGUCCAAGUUCAAUGACGUCCCUAUCAAUCAAGUCCCUGAUUCCCACUCCAAUUCCUUCUCAUAACUAUACUUCCCCGGCGGAAUGUUUAUUUUAUUGACUGCAGCCUCUACAACUUUUCACGAAUUUUGUUCAACCUUUGCCGCUUAAAUCCAUGCCAUACGUGAUAGUUGCAUCCUCUGAGAAUCGUCGGCUUCCCGGAGCAUGUGAUGAUCCCGGUGGAGGCUCUUCACUGGAUAAAACCCACUGAUGAAGUUUUGUCGAGAGAGCACGUGGAUUAUGUGCAAACUGCUUGAUGUAUAAAUAUUCAAUCAAUAAAAAAUUUUAAUUUGUAUUUC